AGAUUGCCUUUUAUGAGGUGAACGGGAAAACAGGGUUAUUAUUACAAGUCGCAUCAGCAACUGAUAAUAUUUACAAUCAUUAUGUUAAUAUUGAGCUAUGGGAUUCCCUUAAGAAAUUCCGUUGAUAAAAACGGUACUCAGAGUUCAAGCUAGCAAUUUUUAGAAUUGUGUGCGAUUGCUUUGAUUUAUUAGAUUUCCAUAAUAUGAAUUUACAUUUCUGGUAGAAUUUAAAGAAUGUUCUUUAACUUUAUGAGGUAGUUGUAAACUUUUGGGACUCCCCUUUUUAAUACUCGCUUAUUUACCAAAGAUUGGGUUUCCACUAAAUAACCUUGUUUUGGAGCUUCAAGUGUGCGAAAUUAAUUAUUUUCAACCUUGCGCAAAUACUAAAGCCAUGAUAAGAGGAUACCCUAAGAAAUUCUUGCGAAGUGCUAGCUCGUCAAUCCUUAUGUAAACAACUUUUUAAUUUAAAAAAUAACGGAAGACAAUAAAAUAUAGGAGGGGAUUUCAAUGCCCGCAAAAUACAAUGCAGCUGAUAUGGCUUUUGUAGGGGAAGUACAGAGUGAUAAGAAAACGAGUGGAGAGUCUAUAUAAACAGAGCGUCCCCAAUUGUUCGAUUCACAGUCAAGAUGCCGAGCUUUUUAGGUGUAGCAAUCAGUUUGGCUCUUUUGAGCUUGGUGGUGGGCCAGGCGUCGAAUGUCUCCCAAUCCAUGGACCUCUAUAUACUGCAGAACCAGCGACAGUACGAUGCGAAGAUCAAGCAACUGGAAGAUCAAUUGGCCAACUUUAGGAUUCUUUUCAACAAGCGAAUUGAGGCACUAACAGUUCAGGCGGAUUCGAUGCAGUUAAAACUAGAACAAGCCUCCGCGCAGCUGGAUCCCAUCACCCUGAUCGAUUCCUGGAGCAAACAGUGCGUUCAAAACUAUAGCGGCACCAUCCCAACGGUGAGCGCCGCCAGAACCUCCAUUACCAACUGUGCGGAAAACAUCAAUGGGGUCUUAAACUCCCCUGAGAGUACCUACAACACACUAAACAGUUACUAUAAAAAUAACUUGAAAAACGGACUGGCGCAAUGCGUAAAGCUUCAUCCCACUGCUCAGCUAAACUACACGCUCUGUGUGACCAAGGUGAUUGGCGAUGCUAAUAAGUACACGGUGACCAGCCAGAAUAACUUCAAUAACUACCUUAAAAGUUCCGAGUGUACAGCCGAGAACCGUGUGCGAAGUUCCUGGCAGUGCUCCUUUGGACAGGUGUACUCCAUUACCUCCAGAGUGGAAGUUGCCUUGCAACUCAUCGACACCUGCAUUGCCAAUAGACUGGUGUGCGGCUCUAUCACCUGCUCCGUUGACAAGCCCUCGUGCCCGAAUGUCGCAAAUGUAACUCUGGCUGAGAUCAAUCCCCAAAAUGAUACUAUUCGAAACCCUUUCACCUUUGUCACAAACAGUACAAACUGUGUUGAGUUCCGAUUGAACCGAUAAAUGUUAACACGAUUGAAUUUAAAUUAUACUUCGUAUAUAGAGUCUAUUUCUUUAUAAGAAUCGUGAUUGAUUUUUAAAAGAGCUUAAAAGGCUUUGCAACUAGGCUAUGCAACAAAAAAAUGUUUAUUCCGAUUAUAUAAAAAGCAGACUUAAUCUAAAAGUGUGUUUUUACAACUAUUUGUGUAGCAUACUUUUUAAUACCAGGAUAUCCAAAUUUGUAUCCAUCGAGUACUUUUUAUGAACUGUGCUAAUUUCUAAAAGAGCAAGUUCUAUCUUUUAAUAAAAAUAUAAAUCUAGUAGCUUAAUCAAUUUAAA